CUUGUAGGGGCUGAGAGCCCUGCGGAGACCGGGGCCAGCCCGGGGCCCCCAUGGAGUGGGAGUUGUGGAGCCCAGUUGCCGAGCAGUAGCUGCAGCAGUGGGAUGUUUACCUGGCGGUGCCUCAUCCUUUGGGCUGUGCUGGUCGCAGCCGCGCUCUCCGCCGCCCGGCCGGCCCCCACCCUGCCCAACCAAGCUCUGGCCAAAGCAAAAAUUGAAGUGGAGUCGUACUCAGCCCACCCCGGUGAGCUGCUCCAGCUGCGCUGCCGGCUGCGGGACGACGUCCAGAGCAUCAACUGGGUGCGCGAUGGCAUCCAGCUGGCCGAGAACAACCGCACACGCAUCACUGGGGACGAGGUAGAGGUCAGGGACGUGGUGCCCGAGGACUCGGGGCUCUACGCCUGCAUGACCAACAGCCCCUCGGGCAGCGAGACCACCUACUUCUCUGUCAACAUCUCAGACGCUCUCCCCUCGGCAGAGGAUGAUGACGAUGAAGAUGAUUCCUCGUCGGAGGAAAAGGAGGCGGAUAACACCAAGCCGAACCAGGCCAUCGCUCCCUACUGGACCUAUCCCGAGAAGAUGGAGAAGAAGCUCCACGCCGUCCCCGCUGCCAAAACAGUGAAAUUCAAGUGUCCAUCGAGCGGGACACCCAACCCCACACUGCGCUGGCUGAAGAAUGGCAAAGAGUUCAAACCUGACCACCGCAUCGGGGGCUACAAGGUCCGCCAGGCGACCUGGAGCAUCAUCAUGGACUCGGUGGUGCCGUCCGAUAAGGGCAACUACACCUGCAUUGUGGAGAACAAAUACGGCAGCAUCAACCACACCUACCAGCUGGAUGUCGUGGAGCGGUCCCCGCACCGGCCCAUCCUGCAGGCAGGGCUGCCCGCCAACAAGACAGUGGCCCUGGGCAGCAACGUGGAGUUUGUCUGCAAGGUCUACAGCGACCCUCAGCCCCACAUCCAGUGGCUGAAGCACAUUGAGGUGAACGGCAGCAAGAUCGGCCCCGACAACCUGCCCUACGUGCAGAUCCUGAAGACGGCUGGCGUUAACACGACAGACAAAGAAAUGGAAGUCCUUCACUUAAGGAAUGUCUCAUUUGAGGAUGCUGGGGAGUAUACAUGUUUGGCGGGUAAUUCUAUUGGGAUCUCCCAUCACUCUGCAUGGUUGACAGUUCUCGAAGCUAUUGAAGACACCCCAGCCAUGAUGACGUCUCCUUUCUACCUGGAGAUCAUCAUCUACUGCAUCGGAGCCUUCCUCAUCUCCUGCAUGGUGGUGACCAUCAUCAUCUACAAGCUGAAGAGCACCACCAAGAAGACAGACUUCAACAGCCAGCUGGCCGUGCACAAGCUGGCCAAGAGCAUCCCCCUGCGCAGACAGGUAACAGAAAGUAGAGAGGGGGUUUGUUUGCACCUACUGCCCCUCCUGGAGCCCGGCCUUUCCGAGGGGAUGUGGGGGAGGAGGGGUUGCAGGACCCAGGAUGGUCUCAGCUUGCUCCGUGUGCCACCCGCUCCAGCCUGUGCCCGCCGGUGGCAGGGGUGGGACUGUGCAGGCUGUGCCUCCAAUGGCAGCACAGUGAGCAGGGUGGGGGGCUGCACAGUUCCCCUCACCCCUCCCCAGGGGGCUUACGAGGAGAACCAGCAGGAUUUACAACAGUGUGAGGUUUGAGCAGAGCGUGGUGCACUCUGAGGAGAUGGAGGAGCUCCCAGGCUGUGCGUUUCGGGCUGCAGCACGAUGGAGGCUAAUGGAAAAAUCCACGGGAGGGAGCAGCAGUGGCGGGCACAUGGGCA